CGCCGGAAACGAACAGCGGCUGCUGAUUGUGGAAACAUAUGCCUCGGACCGGCCCGUCGUGCUCGUCGAAUUUGUCGAGCAGAGUGCACAUACGGUAGUCCCACAACUGGAUGACGCCAUUGUGCAGACUGUAAUUUGCAUGAACGUGUAAUUACACUUCAUUUCGCGAAGGUAUGGCAAUUGUGAAAUCCCUUAUUAGAGUUCGCACGCUAUAAGUAUUACCCACUUCAAUCGCCAUGAGCUAUAUCAGGAACUUUAUGGGUGCCCCGAGUUGCGAAAACUGGCAGUUUGCACGAUUUUUUCGUCUGGCCGCGCGAUUAAAUGAGGCGUAAAUAUAGAGGUCAUUCGCAAACUGGAUUUCGGGCCUACGCCUCCAUACAGGGUGUCCCGAUAUCACAACGGAACGGGAAAAGGAGUUUGAGUUCGAGAAUGUAUCACGUAGGGCGAAAACGACGCGACGUGUGAAUCCCGUUGUCUCCCUUCCUCUCUAAGCAGAUUUAGAUUAUUUCCAAUACGCGUAGCUCGUUAUUCUUUCAUGUGUAUCUCGGCGGAUUUCUGUAAAUCAUGCUCAAUAUAUUUAUAUACGCCCGGUAUACUCGACGGCGCGAAAAUAUCCGGCUCUUAUUAUCUUAGAAAAUAGGCGUGGUACACCUAUUACUUCAUCUGAAUAUCUAAGAAAUGCACAAUCGCUUUUUCGGUCGCCCGUUAUGUCCUUCUACCGCGAUAAUCACUUUAAUAUAUGCAUGAAUACCGAAUACUUUGAUUGACAAAUCACGCGCCUUCUACGUAUCUAGAAAGAGUAUCAGACGUGACUACCGAAUACUGAUAUUAUUGCCGACAUUAUUAUGAACAUAAGAAAUAAGAAACUAAGCAAAUUUUAUAUAUAUAUAUAUAUAUAUAUAUAUCUACAGGACGAUAAUUAAAUUGGUUACUUCAGAUUGUAUGAAAAAGAAGAUAUUAUUACAUAUUCUAAAAUAUAAAAAGCUGAAAAGAGAGAGUGGAACUAUCACAUUGCAGUAGUUCCAUGACAUGAGAGUAUUGUAAGAUAAUUCUUCGAGGACUUUGCAUUAAUAUGCAUGAGAGAGGAGUGAUUAAUCUAUCCUCUUGAAAUAGACAAAUUAUCUUUGCUCGCGAAAUGCAUACAUCGCGUUUCCAUCAAGAUACACAAUAAAACUAUCUGAAAGUCGAUCUCCGCUCUAUAUAAUUUUAACGAGUCGAACGACAAUCGCGGGGCGUAUCCCCUCAGGACAUCUCGACGAAAUCAGGUCAUCAAAAGCAGAGGUGUACGCGCGGGAGUGGUGGGGACGUCAAGUGUACGCCGUGUAUAUAGAGAUCACAUCAUUACGCAUCCUGGUAGUCCGCUCCUUAAUGUUAUUAAGCUCGCAACACUUUCGACAAUGGCAGCUCACCAUUGUUUCACCAUCGCUGUCCUUUUUCUGGGGAUACUGACGAUAGUGAGAACGAUUUCUAUUCCAUACAAAGACAUUCACCUAGCAUUUCCUGCCACUACAAGAUUGUUCUACACAGCGUCCGAAUCUGAUCCUAGUUUCAGUGGAUAUUCUUAUGCGACUCAUGAUCUCAACGGUGGUGGAAGUAAUGUUGUCUUUGCAACUGGUGCAGACUCUGUGAGCAAACUGAAGAAGGCAAUGAACUCGAUUUAUGAAAGUGAUGCCAUAAUGAAGAUGCCAGAAAAAUAUAUGCAGAAAGACACGUUAGAUAAUACUCAAGAUAAUUCUCAGGAGGACCCAACAUCUGCAGGACAAUCUAAACCCGAAAUUGAGGCAAGCAUGAGCAAACAAGAAGGUUUUGUCUUGAAUGCUGACGUCUCCAAUGAAGAGAGAAAGCUAUCGAAAAAUCCGGAAGUGGACGAUAGCUUCCUUAAAUAUCAAACAUCCUUUCAGGAUGUUCCUUUUGUACGCGUGCCUUAUCCAGCAUUGCGAGCAAAUUUUUUGAAUCUGCAGCUUCCAGCGGUGCUUCCCAGAUAUCAUGCACCAUCAAAUGUGAUACAGAGUCAAUAUUAUCCUCACAAUCCUUAUGCUCAUUUACGGUUUCCUUUGCAUGAUUUUGAUCUUUAUAAUCCCCCUGUGCCACUACUUUAUCAAGCUCCCAUCAUAGCCAAUCAAGUUCCUGUUGACAAUUUGAGCCAUGCGUUAACGGCUGUUAAGGAUAUGACAAUAUCUGUAAAAGCGAAUAUCGCUGAGAGUUCAAGGACAAAUGCAACCCAAUUUGUUAGUUCUAUAGAGUCCAAUAUGUUAGAAUCAAAAUCCAAUUUCAAGUCAAAUAAAGCUGAAGAAGCAUCUUCUCAUGAACCUGCUCCGAGCACAUUUGAACCUAUGAUUACAUCUAAGGAAAUCAAUGAAGAAACAACAACUGAGUUUGCAAAACCUACAGUAAGAUCUAGGAAAUGCAGUGAUCAAAUUGUAAAAAAUAAAGUAAGUAAUACUGAGCCUGCAAAUACAGAAGUAAGUAACUCAACAGAAAACUCAAGCGCUGAAACAUCUACUAUGCCUACUACAACUGAAAUGUAAAACUCAAAUAUUGUGUUUCAUUCUGCUGUAUUAUCAUUAAUAAUAAUGACAAGAUUUAUAAUAUGAUGCAACAAAACUGCAUACAUUGUAAAUACUAUCUGAAUUAUACUAAAAUAAAUCUUUUCUUAUUUUUAUCAUGCAA